AUGAACCCAGUUAACACCAAGCCCUACACUCUUGCCCCAGGCGCAAUCUGGUUGAUCACCGGAUGUUCGUCAGGCAUCGGUCAAGCACUGGCAGCUCUAGUCGCAACUAAGCCGAAUCAUCGCUUGAUCGCAACGGCUCGGAGUCUCACCAACCUGGAUUACCUGCCCGAUGACAAUGCCAACCUCCUCAAACUUGCCUUGGACGUGACAUCCCCAACCUCGGUGAAAGACGCAUUCAAAGCCGCAACCGAACACUUUGGCCAAGAUUUCCAUCUCGAUGUUUUGGUCAAUAAUGCCGGGUAUUCGUUGUCUGGCGAUACGGAAUCUGCGACCGAGGAUCAAGCUCACCAGGAAAUCGAAACCCUCUUUUUCGGCACGGCUCGGAUGACUACUCGUGCCAUCGAGAACAUGCGGCAGUCUGAAACCCGACGAGGCGGUAUCAUCUUCAACAUCUCCUCUCUUGCUGGACAAUGCGCCUUUCCGGGUCACGCCUACUACCAUGCGGGGAAGUGGGCCGUCGAAGGAUGGACUGAGUCUGUGGCAAGGGAGAUGCACCCAGAUUGGAACAAGCCGAGCGGUGUCGAGACCAACUUCGAGGGGCAUAGCAAGGCGCGUACUGAGCCUCAUCCAGCCUACGCCGAGAAAGACAUGCCGGCACGUGUUCUCGAGAGAUACGUGGAGAUGGGUAUCAAGUCGGGAACUCUUACUAAGCCGUCCGCAAUUGCAGAUGCUAUUUUCAGCAUUGCGUCUAGCAAAAAACGUAUUCCCCUGCGUGUUCCCCUCGGGGAACCUGCUUGGGGCUUUAUAAAGCAGAAGCAUGAGACCUGCUUGAAGGACCUCGAAGACGUCAAGGACCUCAGUCUUUUGGUAUCUAAGGCGUAA